AUGCUCGCGGCAGCCAUCGAUAUCAAGGCGUUGCUCGACGUCGUGCGUGGCUACGGCUAUAUGUCCACAGCCUGCACGGCGGUCGUACUCCUGCUGGGCUACCGCCUUGUCUACCAGCUCUUCUUCUCCCCUCUACGCCAUAUCCCGGGCUCGAUAUGGUCGCGCCUGUUCGCCUCUCACUCUGUCCUGAAGCGCGUGCUCGCCCAGGGCGCCAGGUCGGUGCAGGAGGACUACGAGUGCUACGGCGACAUCUACGUGCUCAAGCCCAACGGCAUCAGUAUCAGCAACCCCAAGGACAUCAAGACCGUCCUGACCUCGUACGAGUUCGUCAAGACGGAUGUGUACCGGAUGCUCGACAUCAAGGGCCGGGCCAGCAUCUUCACCACGCGCGUCCCUGCGCAGGCCAGCCAGCGCCGUCGCCAGAUCGGACCCUACAUGAACCACGGCUACCUGGGCCGCAUGGAGCCGUUGAUUCUACAGUACAGCAUCGUUGCAAUCAAGAAGAAAUGGGAUGCGCAGCUGGAAGAGGCAGACGGCAAGACCAUCACCGUCAACUUCCGCAACGAUACGCAGUAUGCCACCUUCGACACGGUCGGCAUCCUCGCCUUUGGUCGAGAGUUCCGCGCGCUGGAAACGAACGACCCGACCAUCAUCCGCUGGAUCGAGGCAACGGGAUUCUACCUCGGCAUGACCAAGAACUUUCCCCUCCUCAACUGGUACCCGUUCUCCCGUCUCAUCAGGAAGAAGAAGGAUGCGUACGAACGCUUCGUCUCGUACGCUGAGAAGUCCGUCGAGCAGCGCCGUGCGGCUCUGGAUGACGGUACGGCGGACCCCAAGCCCGUCGAUCUUCUUCAGGCGUUCUUGGAUGCGGAGGAUCCUGAAUCUGAGAGAGCAAGGAUGACGCCCCACGAAGUCAGCACUGAGAGCAUUGCCAUGCAGCUGGCCGGCAGCGAGUCUACAUCGUUUGUGGUGUCGUGGGUGCUGCACCUGCUCACGCUCUACCCCGAGUUCUUUGCUCGCGCGGUGGAGGAGGUCCGCAGCCAGUUCGAUCGUGACCAUCUUGUCGGGUUUGACGACUGCAACAAGAAGCUUCCGUUCUUGACUGCGUGUAUCUAUGAGACACUCCGCUACUCGCCCAUCACCUCAGGCUUCAUGCCCCGCGUCAACCCCACGAACGGCAUCGUCAUCCAAGGCCACUACAUCCCGCCCGGCACAGAGAUUGCCAUCAACAUGAUCGGAGCCCACGCCAACAAGGACGUCUGGGACAAGCCCUACCUGUAUGACCCGACCCGCUUCCUCGACAACGAUGAGGCUAAGCGCAACGUCUUUGCCUUUUCCUACGGACACAGAAACUGCAUCGGUAGAAAUCUGGCCUGGGUGGAGAUGAUGGUCAUCCUGGCCAACAUUCUCAAGGAUUACGAUAUCUCUCUUCCCAGCGGCAGCGUGUGUGGUCCGCACAAUGUAGACGAGAUGGGCAGGCCACGCAUCAUGCCCACCAAGAGCACACUCUUCACCACCCCCAAGUACCCCGAAAGAGAUUGUCUCAUUGUAGUUGGCAGGAGAGCUGAACAAUAA